AUGCUUUCUUUUCCUACUCAUAAAUUGCACGUUCUUUCACCCGCUGGCAAAUUUCCUGUUAACGUUAUUCUUUACAAUUCGACAGGUCAAUAUGCAUUAACAGGAGGACAUGAUCGCUUUGUUCGUCUUUGGAACCCGCAUACAGGUAUUUUAGUUCAAGAAUAUCAUGCACACGGCUAUGAAGUGCUUGAUAUUGCAGUUUCUAUUGAUAGUACACGCUUUGCAAGCAGUGGAGGGGAUAAGAAAGUCUUUUUGUGGGAUGUUACAGCUGGACGGACAAUACAGAGGUUCUCUGGACAUUUUUCACGUGUCAAUGCAGUUGCAUUUAAUGCAGAAGCAACUGUUUUAGCAAGUGGAUCAUUUGAUUCCUCUGUUCGUUUAUGGGACUGCAAAUCAUCAUCGCAUACGCCUAUUCAGGUGCUGGAAGAUGGAAAAGAUAGUAUUUCUUCGGUAUUAAUUGCAAAUCAUGAAAUUGUUACAGGAUCAGUAGAUGGAAGGGUUCGUACAUAUGAUUUAAGAAGAGGACAGCUAUAUACAGAUGUGAUUGGACAACCUGUUACUUCAGUCCAACAGUCGAAUGAUGGAAAUUGUUUACUAAUUUCAACACUAGAUUCAAAGAUUCGUUUAAUUGACAAGUGCAAUGGCGGGCUUUUGCAAACGUUUGAAGGGCAUGUUAAUUCAGAAUAUAGAGUAAGAUCAUGUUUUGGCCAAACAGAAAAGAUGAUUAUUAGUGGAAGUGAAGAUGGUCGUAUUUGUGUUUGGGAUCUUUUGGAAGCAAAAUUAAUCUACCAAUUACAAUCUGCACCUAAAAAUUCGCAAAGAUCAUGUAUUAGUUGUGUUACAUUUCAUCCAAAAAAAAACCAAAUGCUUAGUUGUGGAGUUAACGGUGAAAUUGUAGUAUGGACAACACCAUAA